ACUUAUUUACGGACAAGUGCCAUGGCGGAGCCAAGUAAAGCCGAUAUUGCAAUGACGGCCUCUAACCCGAUCAGUGCGGCUAAUGGUACCAUUCGGGCCAUGGUUGGCCACUUCACCCGCGUCGAGAACCAGAUCAAGGACAUCGCAGCUAUGGCCUCUUCAUCAAGCGUUCCGUCGACAACUUCUUAUGAUGAACUAUCAUCGCUCCUAUCAGAACUCAAGUUGAGGCAAAGCAACGUAUCAACGGCCUAUGAUACAUUGAUGACAAUUGAUCCGAACGCCAUUGAAAAAUCGAAUAACAGGUUAGACGAUAUAGCUAAAAAGUACUCUUCAUCGGUUGGUUUGGUUAACGACGCAUUAGCCCAUUUGGACGGUCUGGUAUCAGUCUCGCCGGGACGAGUAUCGUUCAAGGCCAAUAUCGGUCUACAACCGUUUAAAUUAUCUCGAGAUGCUAACCCAGAGGAGGUCCGGACAUGGAUACGUGCGUUUCGAGCAUUCUACUCCACGUCAAAUAUGCAAGUCCUGGCCGUGGUCGAUCAGCAGGCGUAUUUUCUUGCGUCCCUGGAACCAAGCUUGGCUUUAAUUCUUAGUGAUUCAAUUGAUGAUGCCACACCUGUCUUAUCGGACGGAGGCUGCGUGGAACUACUUGAACAAAGGUUCCGUGAGGUCCAUCCAGUCUUUGCUAGGCGUUGUGCAUUAUUUUCAUUUCGCAAGAUUAAAUCGACCCGAUUCGCUGACGCAUAUCAUCAAUUACGCAAACAGAGUGAUGAGUGCGAACUCUCCUCUUUCAAUAUUCAACGCGAUCUUCUGGCAUUUAUUAUGAUACGAUCCUGUGACGAUGAUCCUGGGCUAUAUACUAGACUACUCGAGUUGGAUAACCCUGACAUGACAGAAUUGUUGAGACAAGCUAAGCUCUAUGAAAAUGCCCGCCACCCAGUCCCCUCUGAACACGUCGCCGCUUUGCGGGAAACAACUUCGCCACAAGAAGUUCAGAGACCGAAGUCGUGGAUAUAUGUUUGCCAUGGUUGUGGUAGCGAACAACAUAAAAAGGAACAAUGCCCUUUUAAAUUCACAACAUGCUAUGACUGUAAUAGGACAGGCCACAUUGCUAAUGUGUGUGGUGAGUACAGUCGUGGACGUAAGCCAUACAGAAACAAUGCAAUGUCGUCGGGGAGAAGUCCCUACAAGAGUCCUAAAAGAAAUCGAGAACGUCGGACUGGAACACCUGUUGAGCGCAAUCGGUCAUCGUCAUCGGCGCGAAUAUCGGCCAUAAACGAGUUCACUACCAAACACGAUACGCCACGAAUUCUUAUCACUUGCUCCUUCCGGAGCAAAAAGUUACUUGCAAUACCAGAUACCGGAGCAACCAGGACUGUUCUUCCCUUGACGGCUAUCCCCGAUGAAGCACUCAUUAGGCCCUCCCGUACUCGCCUGUCUGCUGCCAAUGGAACGCAAAUGGCGUCCACUGGAGCAAUAACGUUCACUGCAACGGUAAAUUCAGGACCAGAAGCAAUAAUAGACGCCUUGGUCUCAAAAGACUUGACGGGUCCUGCUUUAAUAUCUUGGCACGAUCUCAUGGCCCUUGGGAUCUUGUCGUCAGACUUCCCCACUCCUGCACGACAAGAUACAACCGUCGCUACUGUUCUAACCAUGGAGAUUGACAACUUGGAUGCGAUAAAAUCCGACUUUGCCGAUGUCUUGUGUAAUUCGUUGGGUGCUGCCUCUGGAUGUAUCAAAGGAGAGCCAAUGAAAAUAGUGUUGGAUCCAACGACAGAAGUUAAACCAAUCCAGGUGCCAUUAAACCAGUAACAACCCCCACUACCUGGUGCUCUCCAGCACAUUUCGUGACUAAACCAGGGGGUAAAAAGGUCCGCCUUGUAACAGACUAUCGCCAAUUAAACAAGGCAGUCCUGCGUCCCGUCCACCCGUUUCCCUCAGCCCCCGACCUAAUGAGACGGAUACUUCCCAAGAGCAAAUGGUUUGCCAAGCUGGACGCAAUACACGGAUAUUUCCAGGUUCCCCUUGACAAGGAAUCAAUGCCCCUAACCUGUUUCCUACUUCAUAACGGCCGGUGGAUGUAUACCGUGGCACCCAUGGGCUUGAACUCGUCCUCGGAUAAUUUCAACUAUAGAACC